AUGUAUCGUCCCUGGGGGGCAGAUGUCAUCAAUAUGUCCACGGUUCCUGAAGUUGUUCUUGCCAAAGAAGCUGGCAUCUGUUAUGCAAGUAUUGCAAUGGCAACAUACUAUGACUGCUGGAAGGAACAUGAAGAAGCAGUGUCUGUAGACCUGGUACUAAAGAUACUUAAGGAGAAUGCGAAUAAAGCAACAAGUAUUCUCCGGACUGCUAUACCUCAAAUU